UCUGGCCUCCGACUCACUACUCAGCCUGAGACUCAGCUUCCUCCUCUCGUCACCUCCUUGCAAUUUGCGUUUUAUUUUUGUUGCUCCACUUAAUCAAACAAACAAAAACAUUAAAAUCAUUUGAUUUUGUUGUUCUCUUAGCCCAGUCGCCCUUACCCACUCAUUGCAUUUUAUUCACCUCAGAUCCUUUCUUAACGCUUACCAUUUUAGCCAUUUCAUCGUCGUUCUCAGAUAAAAGAAGGGCUUCUCUUCUUUCAGCUUCGCAAUUCUUUGUACAGUUGAUCUAAGUCAUAGAAGGAGCUUAAGUGGGAUUGCAUGUGCCAGGCAAGGUAGAAGCAUGUUCAUUGGAGGGAUCAAGUGAACUUAACACGUUGAGCUUUGAGGAUAGAUUUUUCUCUGCUGGAUGCAGAGAGUGGAGUAGAAGUUACCAAUUGAUGCAAUAUUUGCUUCAGAAGAUAGGGAAAGGUUGGCGUCUCCUAGGAGAGAAUUUUAGUCCCAGAAAAAGAACCUGAAUGAUAUUCAUUAUUGAUAUGGUUCUAUAGAGUGACAAUCUUUGGAAGGUUGGAAAAUGGCUUUUGUUUCGGAGGAAGAGAAAAUUAAUGAAUACCUUUUCAAGAUUGUAUUGGUCGGUGAUUCAGCUGUAGGAAAAUCGAAUUUACUUGCAAGAUUUGCGAGGGAUGAGUUCUAUCCUAAUUCAAAGUCAACCAUAGGAGUUGAGUUUCAAACCCAGAAGGUGGAUGUAAAUGGGAAGGAAGUCAAGGCACAGAUCUGGGAUACAGCUGGUCAAGAGCGUUUUAGGGCUGUUACAUCUGCAUAUUACCGAGGUGCAGUUGGAGCUCUCCUUGUUUAUGACAUCAGCAGACGACAGACUUUUGAAAGCAUUGGCAGAUGGCUAAAUGAACUUCAGACUCACUCGGAUAUGAAUGUAGUCACCAUUUUAGUAGGCAACAAGUCAGAUCUCAGAGAUGCCAGGGAAGUAUCCGCUGCUGAAGGAAAGGCCUUGGCGGAGGCACAGGGUUUGUUUUUCAUGGAGACUUCUGCCCUUGAUUCCUCCAAUGUAGUAGCCGCCUUUCAGACAGUUGUAAAAGAAAUCUACAACAUAUUGAGCAAGAAAGUUAUGAUGUCUCAGGAGCUCAAGAAGCCGGAGUCGUCUUCAUUUAACGGGAAGACUGUGGUUCUACAGUUGGAAGAGAACCAGCAAACCAAUACGACUCCAACGGGUGGUGGUGGGUGUUGUUAGUCCUAAUGCUUCAUAAAAGAUAAACCUUAUGCUCCGCUCCAGUAGGUUCAGCUUUAAGUUUCAAAGUGACACAAGUGGAUAAUUUAUUCUUGCAUUGUUCAUUUCUUGAUGCACUGCUGGUAAAAUGUUAAUAAGCAUUUGUUCGACUUGUUCAUGG